UGAUAGAAUUUUGACUUUAUUUUUCUCCUGUAAGGUGAUGAAAAGAGCAGAUAUUUUUCUACAUGGGAUCAUCUACCACUUUUAUCUACUUUGGAAACUUCAUUGUGAAAAAUCCUUGACCUUUAGCCUUUCAGACGUUCAGAGGUUGUGAAUAAAUGACUGCUUUUGUUUGAUCCUCAGAUGGUUAUGAUUUCAACGUGUCUCCAUAUUUUUGUCUGAAGGAAGAAGUAAGAGAUUAAUUUAGUAAGCUAUUAUUGCUAUUAGUCACAUAUACUCAAAAUCUAUAUUCCUUAAUCAGGCCAUUAUUUGAUUUUCAUUACUAGCCUAGAAGGGUACACAAGCUGAUGGCCACCUCUUCCCCUUUAUGUCAGGAUCCGCUCAGUAGUCAGCCUCUCUCCAGUUUGUCUUCCCAGGAUAUUUCUUACGUUCAGUACUUUGCACAGCAGUCUGUAACUGGUUUGCAGGCUUGUUUUUUUACUUGCUUUUAGGAUGAUGUGUGUGAUGUGCCUUAGUGAGGGGCCUUUUCUUUUCCUUUGUGUGAAUUUUUGUUUUCCUGUUCUUUGUCAUCUCUGAAGCACUCUCCUUCCAAAUGGACAACAGGAGGAAAAGAGCCACAAAUGCACCCCUGAGGCAGUCCUCAGCAGCCCUCAGUUGGGGUCAAUCGGCACCACUGUUCCCAUGCUGACGCAGUAUAAAACCACAGGCAUCAUAGUCAGCAUUUUUUUGAGAUAACCGAUGAUCAAUUUGACUUCCAUACAUACUGCAUGAGGAAGAUGACCCUUCGUGCAUAUGUUGACCUUCUGAGGUUAGAAGAUAUACUCAGAAGACAUGCCUUCUAUUUCAAGGCUGCUAGAUCAGCGAUUGAAAUAUACUUGAAAUUGUAUGAUAAUCCCUUAACCAAUGAAAGCAAACAACAAGAAGUAAAUUCAGAAAACCUGUCAGCCAAAGAAUUGAAGAAAAUGCUUAGCAAGCAGAGAAGAGCUCAGAAAAAGGCUAAAUUAGAAGAAGAGAGAAAGCAUGCGGAGAAGGAACGUCAACAAAAAAAUCAAAAGAAAAAAAGAGAAGAAGAAGAAGAAGAAAGCAGUGGUCUCAAAGAAGAACUUAUACCUGAAAAGUUAGAGCGGAUAGAAAAUCCAUUGGAAGAAGCUAUCAAGUUCCUUAUACCUCUUAAGAACCUUGUUGCUGAUAACAUUGAUACUCAUCUGUUAGCAUUUGAAAUAUAUUUUAGAAAAGGAAAGUUUCUGUUAAUGCUGCAAUCUGUCAAACGAGCUUUUGCCAUCAACAGCAAUAACCCAUGGUUACAUGAAUGUUUAAUUAAAUUUUCUAAAUCUGUGUCUAACCAUAGUAAUCUUCCAGACAUUGUGAGCAAAGUUCUAUCUCAAGAAAUGCAGAAGAUAUUUUUCAACAAGGAUUUGGAAAGUUUUAAUGAGGAUUUUCUCAAACAUAAUGCUACCUCUCUUCAGCAUUUACUUUCAGGUGCUAAAAUGAUGUAUUUUCUGGAUAAGUCAAGGCAAGAGAAAGCAAUUGCCAUUGCCACUAGACUGGAUGAAACUAUAAAAGAUAAAAAUGUAAAGACUUUAAUAAAGGUUUCUGAGGCACUGCUUGAUGGCAGCUUUGGGAACUGUAAUUCCCAAUAUGAAGAGUACAGGAUGGCCUGUCAUAACCUGCUUCCUUUCACGUCUGCUUUCCUGCCUGCUGUGAAUGAAGUCAGCAGUCGUAGUGCAGCACUGAACCGUACGGCUAACUAUGAUGUCUUGGCCCGUGAAAUUUGAAAUCCCAUAGAAAAUGGCUCCUAUAGAUUCGAAGCUGACUUCAGAUCAGGGUUUCUUUUCCAGGGUGUAUUUUAAUAUGGUUAUGAAAUUAAAUAAUUGCAUAGACUUUUUCAGUGAAUUAUUCUGUAAGCUUAUUUUAUUCUUUAUCUGACUCUGCCAGUAUACGUAAAUGUCUGUUAAAAUUACUUGUUUAUACUUGUACAGUUUUCUUAAACUUUAGAGUUCUCAGCAUUGUGAUGGUGCUCUCACUUCUAUGUCAUAAACAUGACAACUUCAUAUUAAGUUAAGUUGUAUAUAGCCUCACUCCUAUUUUUUUUAGAUCCUGGUUUUAGAAUCUUUGUUUUGAUCCCUUAUUGGUUUGUUUAUUAUUGUUUAUGUGCUUCUUUUUUAAUUAAAGCACGUCAGUUUUAAAGUGUUAAUUGUAUGUAUGUUAAAAACAAUAUGAAACUCCUUUUGGCAGAUAUUGAGGUUUAUUUUUAAAUUUACUUCAGUCUGCUCUUUUUUCCUACCUUAAUUUUUUCCUGAUUUAUUAUUUCCUUUUUAAUUGCCAUGAAAAUGAUAAUUUCUAUUGAUUCAGAAUGUGGGGAUUGAUUUACCUCUUAAUCACCGAAAUUCACUGGUAAAUUUGCUGUGUAUCUUUGGAUCAGUCUUAAAGACCCACAGGCAAGAAUGAUGCUUUCUUGGCUAAAUUGCUUUGCGUGUUAAUAAGUAGUUUAUAUCUGAGUGGUAUAUACUUCAAGGGAGCAUAGUAGAGCAGAAUACGAAUUACAACGAAGCAUCUUUACUCUUAUAGUCAUACAUAGACUAUUAAAUAUGUUUUUAUAUCAGCAGAAUGAGAAUUCAGACUGGUAUUAGUUUAAUUAUUAAAACAGUAUUGCCAGGCAAUUUGGGGGGCUUUUUCAUGCUUGUAUAGAAAACAGUGGUGGAAUCAUUCAGUAUGUUUCUUGCAGAACUGUAAAUAUGUCUGUAAUAUUAAUACUUCCCUUUAAGGCAAAUAUAAAUUCAAAAGGGAGAUUUUAUUUAGAGAAACAGUUCUAAUUAAAAUGAUUUUCUUUUACUCUAAGCUAUUUUAGAUUCAUAAUUGUUGAGAGAAGAACACUGUAAAAUGAUGUCAUCCUAUAUAAUGCUGUAAUAAAUUAUUUUGUACACAGUU